AUGGCAUGCACUUCGCGCUCCACUAUGGAAGAAUUGACCAGAAGUCUGGUGAACGACGUCGAGGUACUGAACAACCACCUUGUUUCUACUGGCCAUCCCCGGCCUUCGUUCAAUCGCCAUACACCCACAGUCGUGCUACCCGCUGGCGCUUCGCCGGAUGCUCAUGCUGCAAGGGAGCGAAUCCUGGACAAUGCCUUGCGCCUCUUCCAACUUGCCGCAGGACCGAGUGCGUAUUUGUUGAACUUGCAGACAGGGUACCACUAUGCGUCUUGCUUGCGAUGGCUAUGUCACUUUCGGAUCUUCCACCUAGUGCCUUUAGAGGGCUCCAUUGCUUACGCUGACCUUGCCAUCCUUGCCAAGGCACCUGAGCCUCAACUCAGAAGCGUCGUUCGCAUGGCCAUGACUAAUGGUCUUUUCCUUGAAAGCCCAUCGCAUCAUCUCACACACUCCGCCACAUCUGCUUUGCUGCGCAAUGAUGCUGAUUUCCAUGAUUGGGCUGUCAUCAUGAGUGAUCUAUCCGUACCUACGGCUUUUGCAAUGGUGGAAGCACAUGAACGGUGGCCAGAUAGUGUUGAAGGGAAUCAGACGGCAUAUAAUAUCGCGAUUGACACCGAGUUGUCCUUCUUCAACCAUUUGGCUGAACAGCCAGAUCGACAACGCCAAUUUGCCGGCUUUAUGCGCAGCAUGUCGCGCAUCCAAGGGACAGAUGCCGAGAAGCUCGCGCAGGGAUGGGAUUGGGCCGCCCUUGGACAAGCUUGUGUAGUUGAUGUGGGUGGGUCCACCGGCCACACUUCAGUUGCGCUGGCCCGCAAGUUUCCUGACUUGAACUUCGUUGUGGAGGACUUACCCAAGGUAGUGGCUGAGGGUCCCGAAUAUCUCUCCUCCUUGGAUGAUGCCCAAGACCUGAAGCCACGUAUUGGCUAUCGAGCACACAGCUUCUUUGAUCCACAGCCCGUGCAAGAUGCUGACGUAUACAUGCUGCGGAUGAUACUGCACAAUUGGUCGUUCGAUGACUGUGUGCGGAUACUGUCACGUCUCGUCCAGACUCUGAAGCCUGGUGCACGUAUCAUUAUCGUCGACGUUGUGUUGCCGGAUCCGGGUGUGAUUCCAGCAUCCAAGGAAAGACUGCUGCGCGCCCAAGACCUGAUAAUGCAACAGGUGUUCAACGGCAUGGAAAGACAGCUGGAGGAGUGGAUGGAUAUCUUCAAAAAGGUUGAUGAACGGCUGAAAGUGAAGAUCGAGGAGCCUGACGGAAGUUUAAUGUCAGUGAUUGAGUUGAGUAUGGAUGUAUAG